AAUUCAUUUGACCUUGAAAGGCUUGAAAUGAUGACAUAUUUGUACCCCGUUCCGAAUCAUAACGAGAUAUUCAUUGUGUGACUCCCCUAGCGGAGACAAGGCGGAUUUACAAUGUCAAAUAAAAACGCAGGGAUGAACGCCAUGUCUGAUCCCGCUAUUGAGGGCUAGAGAGAGCGAAUACAGCGGGUGGACUUCGAGGAUUCAAGUCGAAGCGCAGAAUGUCAGAAAGCACCGGAAUCCCUCAGGGCUCCCCGGUGGUGGGCGCGGCGGGCUCGGCUCCGGCUGCAACAGGAGUCGGUGGAACCGAAUGUUCGGGCGCUGUUGUCGGCUCUGCGCGUAUCGCAGUGAAGAAAGCGCAGCUCCGCUCCUCCCCGCGCCCGAAGAAACUGGAGAAACUCGGUGUAUAUUCAUCUUGCAAAGCUGAAGGAGCUUGCAAGUGCAAUGGCUGGAAGAGUCAAAACCCACCACCAACUCCACCCCCUCCAACCCCGCCAAGAGCCGAGCAGCCAAUUGCAGUUAACCUUAAGGAGCCCUGCAGAAGCUGCAGCCACGCCCUUGGUGACCAUGUAACACACCUGGAGAAUGUGUCAGAAGAGGAGAUGAACAGAUUGCUUGGAAUUGUACUGGAUGUGGAAUACUUGUACACAUGUGUCCAUAAAGAGGAGGAUCCUGACACUAAGCAAGUUUACUUUUCUCUCUUCAAAUUGUUGCGCAAAUGCAUCCUGCAGAUGGGAAGGCCAGUGGUGGAGGCCCUGGAAAGUCCACCUUUUGAAAGACCAAGCAUUGAACAGGGUGUGAAUAACUUUGUGCAGUACAAGUUUAGCCACCUACCAUCUAAAGAGAGGCAAACCAUUGUGGAGCUCGCAAAGAUGUUCCUCAACCAGAUCAAUUACUGGCAGCUAGAAACGCCUUCGCAAAGGAGGCAAAGGGCGCCUGAUGAUGACGUAGCUGGUUAUAAAGUCAAUUACACCAGGUGGCUCUGUUAUUGUAACGUACCCCAGUUCUGUGACAGUCUUCCUCGGUAUGAGGCCACACAGAUUUUCGGGCGUACUUUUCUGCGCUCUGUAUUCACUAUUAUGAGGAAACAGCUGCUGGAACAGGCCAGACAAGAGAAAGACAAACUACCACCUGAGAAACGCACACUAAUUCUCACACAUUUCCCCAAAUUUCUCUCUAUGCUGGAGGAGGAGGUUUAUUGUCACAAUUCAUCUAUUUGGAGCGAAGACAUCAUGGUUGGUUUAUCAGGUGGACAGAUUCCCACAGUGAUCAGUGCUCCACCCUUGACCCGCCCCCUGUACUACAGCAGUAGCCCCGCCUCUGUGGAUCUGGCUGGAGGAGGCAGCAUAAGCCCAGCCCGGAAAACAGCAUCCUCUCUGGAACCCAAUCCAGGUGGUGAAAAACGAAAGCCUUCUGAGCCCUUAUCUUAUGAGGACAGUAAACGACCUCAUGUUGUUGGUGACAUUCCUAUGGAGCUUAUUAAUGAAGUCAUGUCCACCAUUACAGACCCUACAGCCAUGCUGGUACCAGAGACCAGUCUUCUCUCAGCACACUCUGCGCGUGAUGAGGCCGCUCGGUUAGAGGAGAGGCGUGGCGUCAUCGAGUUCCAUGUCAUUGGAAAUUCCCUCAACCAGAAGCCCAAUAAGAAGAUCCUCAUUUGGCUUGUUGGGCUGCAAAACGUUUUUUCUCACCAACUGCCCCGUAUGCCCAAAGAAUACAUCACACGGCUUGUCUUUGAUCCAAAGCACAAGACUCUCUCUCUGAUUAAAGAUGGCCGUGUUAUUGGGGGAAUCUGCUUCCGGAUGUUUCCAACUCAGGGCUUCACUGAGAUCGUUUUCUGUGCUGUGACCUCCAAUGAACAGGUCAAGGGUUACGGAACUCACCUCAUGAAUCAUCUGAAGGAAUAUCACAUCAAGCAUGAAAUCCUCAACUUUCUUACUUACGCUGAUGAAUAUGCUAUUGGGUACUUCAAAAAGCAGGGAUUUUCUAAGGACAUUAAAGUGCCGAAAUCUAGGUAUGUAGGCUACAUUAAAGACUACGAGGGAGCCACACUCAUGGGCUGUGAACUCAACCCCUGUAUCCCAUACACAGAGUUCUCCGUCAUCAUCAAGAAACAGAAAGAGAUAAUCAAGAAGCUUAUAGAGCGCAAGCAAGCGCAGAUUCGGAAAGUCUAUCCUGGCCUGUCAUGUUUCAAGGAAGGAGUUCGGCAGAUUGCCAUAGAAAGCAUUCCAGGAAUCCGUGAGACAGGCUGGAAACCUUUUGGGAAGAGCAAAGAGCUGAAGGAUCCAGACCAGUUAUAUUGCACCUUAAAGAACAUUCUACAGCAGGUCAAGUCCCACCAGAAUGCAUGGCCCUUUAUGGAGCCAGUGAAGAAGAAUGAGGCACCUUGUUAUUACCAAGUCAUCCGCUUCCCUAUGGAUUUGAAGACCAUGAGUGAGCGGCUAAAGAGUCGUUACUAUACCACACGGAAACUGUUCAUGGCCGACAUGCAGAGGAUCUUCACUAACUGUCGAGAGUACAACCCUCCCGAAAGCGAGUACUACAAAUGUGCCAACCUACUUGAGAAGUUCUUUUACACCAAGAUCAAAGAGGCAGGCCUCAUCGACAAGUAGUCCAGUUAUUAGGCAGCACAGUUUGCUAUCUCUGUUUCCCUCCAAUUUCUAUCUACCUCUUUAUCUUGCAUUUAUCUUAUAGCUGCAUCUGUGUUAGUGUUGAGUGCCGUUUGUCCAAGACGAAUGUCUGGUGAUGAGUCAUUGGUGUGUAUGUGCAGGACAUAACCAUAUGUGACAAAGUCUCUUAUCUUUUCCUUCUGCCAAAAUCAGAACAUUGCGGAACAGUUUUGCUCGAGUGUUUGUAUGUAUGGCUGUAUGAAUUUGGUGUGCAUGUGUACUGUAUAUAAUAGUAAAAAUCUGUUUAUAUAGAUACAUUUUAUGAAAAACUGUAUAUUUUAUAUAGAUGGGAGGGAAGGGCAAAUCAAUCAAGAAAAAAUACUUUAAUGUUGUACCUUCAAAGAGCACUUAUUAUUUAACCUAAAGAAAAUGUGGUAAAUACUUGCAUUUAUAAGCUUUCUAAUCAGAAAAUUGCACAUUUGUGGUUUGUACCAGAGUGUUUAAGUGAUGUGGCGAACUGAGGAGCAUUCCCUGUACAACAAAGUCUUAAUAUGCUUCAUCUUUAUGGCUGUCCUACUUAAGAGAACGUACAUGCUUUAUAUGUAAAGAUGACAUGUAUAAUGACUCCGAGAAAUGUUUUGUGUAAUGCUUGUACUUUUAAAUACUAGAAGAGAUGGACUUUUUACUACAUUUGUGGGAUUGGGGGGGUAUAAAGCUAUAUUAAGGUCUUUGUACCUUUGGUUUUAAAGACAUAGCAAUAUUUUAUAGAAUGAGUAAAACUUUAGAACCAAUGUGAAAUACAUUUUUAUGUGAGAAUGUUUCUGUUGAGGGUAACGUUGCACAGCUAUUUUGUGUGUACUUUUUUUAGAUAUAGAAUUGUGUUAAAGAAAUAUUUGUCACGAUUGUCCACAUUUUGUUUUAAUACACCUGUUCAUGAAUAUAAAUUAUUCAGAUGCUAGUUUUGUUGGCAAGUUUUAACCAAUUUAUUUUUCAGCAGGUAAUAAAUUUUUUGCAUUGUGAAAAUGCAUACAUCUGUACACCUUGUCUUACUGAAAAUGAUUCAACAUAAAUCCGUUAAUUUGCUGCUGUAGUCUAGUGUAUCAACAUAUACUGUAUGUUACACAAGUAAAGGAAAGUUUAUAUUUACUGUU